AUGGCUGAAGAAACACCCCUUCUGCCUCCGCACGACAACGACGAUGCCGCUCUUGGCACUAGGUGGAACGCCCACGGCCGCAUCACGCCGAAGCGUGUGGCCGUUGCCUUUGUGUCCCUUCUGGUCCUCGGAGCUGCCGUGGCCGGAGCGGUCUUUAUGGUUAAGAAUCAAGAGCCAAAAGACCCACUCAAGAAGGCCAAGUUCUAUCUCAAGAAAAGCCCAGUGAUUGACGGCCACAUUGACCUUCCCGAAGUCGCUCGGCUAGUGUAUGGUAAUGAUUUGAACAAAUUUGACCUCAACAAGCCUACUGCUGGUCAUGUCGACAUUCCCCGGCUCAGGAGCGGGCAUUUGGGCGGCUUCUUCUGGUCCAUUGCUGUCGAAUGCCUUGCAGAUGGGGGAAACGAUUUCCUGACUCCCAGUGUCGAAGUUCGUGAUACGCUGGAGCAGUUUGAUGUCGCCAACAAUCUCAUAGACCGCUACAGCGACACAUUUGCUCGGGUGCGCACAGCUGACGAGGUCGAAGCUGCUUGGAAACAAGGCAAGGUUGCUUCCCUUUUCGGGCUCGAGGGCGGGCAUUCUCUCGGAAACUCCCUCGGUGUAUUGAGGAUGUAUCAUCGGUUAGGUAUCAGGUAUAUGACUUUGACGCACAGCUGCAACAAUGCUUUUGCCGAUUCAGGCGGCUACUUUUGGGAUGCCGAAGAACAAUGGGGCGGGCUCUCACCGUUCGGGAGGGAGUUGAUCCCAGAGAUGAACCGCCUUGGAAUAUUCGUCGACAUUUCACAUGUCUCUGACAAAACUGCUCUGCAAGCUCUUGAGCUUACUGAAGCUCCUGUGAUUUUCUCUCACUCGGAUGCCCGACACCUUCACAAUAUCAGUCGGAAUGCUCCCGAUGAGCUACUCACAAAAAUCGGUGAUGGGGAGGGCAAGAAUGAUGGGGUCAUCAUGGUCAACUUCUUCCCAGUCUUGGCCUCGGCGAACCCUGAAGAGGUUGAUGUAUCUUUCAUCGCGGAUGAGGUGGAAUAUAUUGCCGAGAAGGCUGGCAAGAACCAUGUCGGUAUCGGCUCCGACUAUGACGGAGUGGCGUCCACACCCAAGGGCCUGGAGGAUGUCUCAACAUACCCUCAUUUAUUUGCUGAGCUCAUCAAAAGAGGCUGGUCCCAGUCUGAGCUUGCUGGUUUAGCCAGUGGUAAUGUACUUCGCGCUCUGAGAGGCGUCGAAAGUGUUAGCAUGAAGCUGAAAACGAGAGGGCCCAGUAUGGCCAAGUAUGAAAAGAGAACGGAUUCGGAUGGACAACAACCUUGA